UUUGCUUUAAGUGGCCCCUUGAAAACAGUAGGAUACUAUUCUGUGGAUCAAGUCCUUAUAUAAAGUCAUUGUUUCACCAUACUCUAGUGUAGAAACAAAAUGGCGAGAUUAUUUCUACUCUUUAUUCUCUGUGUGUUUGUAGUCUCAUUGGCAGGUUCAGAACUUGUCAUUGAUGUCCAACCAAACGUCAUAUCGCCAGAGAUAACACCCCAACUUGUGAUUAACUGUUCUAUAACCAACAACGAAGUCCAACAACUAGACCUGAUCAAAUCUCUAACUCUUUCUCGUUAUAAUGAAACUAUCAGAGAGUUUGAUGAUCUCAUAGCUUUGGAUUCCUUGACACUAAAUCUAAAACAAUUUGUGAGAUUUAAAUAUUCACAAAUCAGUUUUGGAAACCUGUAUAUAACUUUAACUCUACCUAACCCAACUCAGUUUGAUGCCAGAAUAUACAAAUGUAAUGCCACUGGAGCUAAUUCCGAUGGGACGAAUAUUUCUUUGUUUGCUAAGAAGGCAGUAGAAUAUGAAACAAACUCGACCGCUUUAAUUGAAGAGAUUCGACGUAUCAAGAAAGACGAAAACUAUUGCUCUUUCAAGAAAGAUGAUCUCGCAGACAUCAAGCAAAGAUCGAGAGUUUAUUUCUCUGGAAGUUCUGAUAUCAUUAAAGAACGGAUUGAGCCUUUGACAUUAAAAUGUACAUUUCAGGUAAAAUAACAGUUGUUUUUUUUA